UUCUGUGCGUGGGGGAAGAACUCAUGCAGCGGUGCAGUCAAUGCCCCUUUAAGCUGUUGCUGCUGGGAUAACAGGCGCAGAUGUCACUCUGAUAAAACCUAAAGGAAUGUUGGUAGCUGGCUUGUGUAACUGAGUAAGUUAAGGGUGGGGCUUCUUGAUUAUGCUGUAACAGGGCUUUUUGUGUAAAGAUUUAAAUAGGAAAAGUUAAAACUGAAACUUCUGCAGUUGCAAAAGGUUUUGAGUCAAUGACAUCAGUCUGUGCUACUGGCUUCUAGGUAGAUCAUUAAUGAAAAAUUACCGGAACCGCUCCCAGCUUUUCUUGUCAGUCUUCUGCUUGUCUGGACUGGCAAGGGUUGUUUUGGAUGUUCUCUCUUUCCCCUGAGGAAUGGCAGUGUCUAAAGUCUCUAUUUCCGAAGCCAAGCUCUGUUGCGCCAUCUGCUUGGACCUCCUCAAGUCUCCUGCCACCAUUCCGUGCGGCCACAACUUCUGUAUGGAGUGCAUCGGGAGGUGCUGGCAUCAGGAUGGGAGAUCGGAGACCUUCCGGUGCCCCCAGUGCCGGGAGACGUUCAACUCCAGACCUUCCUUGUCCAAGAACACCAUUCUUUGUGAGAUCGUGGAGGACUUCACCAACUCGGAUUCCUCCUCCACCUCAAAGGAUGCCACCGGCCCGCAGGAUGUCCUCUGUGACUUCUGCACUGAGCAGAAGCUGGAAGCAGUCAAGUCGUGCGUGGUUUGCAUGGCCUCCUUCUGCCAGCUUCACCUCUUGCCCCACGCCAGCAACCCGGUCUUCAAGGACCACCGGAUCAUCAGUCCCAUCAGGGAUAUCGAGUCCAGGAAGUGCCCAAGCCACCGGAAACCGCUGGAGGUCUUCUGCAGGACCGACCAGACGAGUGUGUGCUGCUUGUGCGCCAUCAACGAGCACAGACAGCAUGAGACAGUGUCCCUGGAGGAACAAGUCAGCGAACUAAAGAAAGAACUCAAUGAGCGACAGGGAGAAGUGGAUACACUGAUAGAGGAAACCUCAGGCGAGAUUGGAAAGUUGAAACAGAAGAUCGACUCCAUUAAAGGCACGGUACUACAGGUAAAACAGCAGGCCAGGCAGAAGUGUGCUGAGCUGCAGAGAGUAGUCGAGAAGGCACAGGGGGAUGUGUUUCAUUUUCUCGAGGAAGAGGAGGGAGCCGUGGUGAGUCAAGUGGAGAAAUCUAUGGCUCAGCUGCAGAGCAGCCUUGUUGUGCUGCAACAGAGCAGGCUGCAGCUGGAGGCUGCCCUGAAGAGUGACGACAACUUCCUUGUACUGCAGGAAUAUCAACAAUUAAAUAAACCUGUGGAGGCUUGCCCUUUGCUGCCCUGCCAGGUUGAUGCCAAAUUUUCAGCUGUGGAAUGUGCUCUGACUGAACUGUCCAAUCAUAUCACACAGCAACUGCAUGGAAGUUUCAACCCACAUCUGGAUCUAGAACGGGCCAAAGGAUAUGUUCCAGCACUGUCUGUGCCUCCGGGGAACCAGCAGAUGCCACGUGUUCCCUCCCCAAGGACAACUGGACAUGAAGAUCAUGAUGUCUCCAACUCCAUUAACCCAUCAGAUACAUGCCUCAUGGAAACAAAGCCAGACCCCACCUGCAAGAAGAGAGCAGAUUAUUUACACCAUGCUCUUCAUUUGAUGUUUGACCCUAACACAGCUCACAAGCAUCUCCUUCUCUCAGACGACAACCGAACAGUGACAGAUGUUGAUCCUGAAUGCGUCUCCUAUCCAGAACACCAGGACAGGUUCAACAGCUUCCCUCAAGUGUUGUGCACUCAGAGCAUAUCGGAGGGCUGCUGCUAUUGGGAGGUGGAAGUGAGUGGACACUGGGCAGGAAUCGGGCUCACGUACCAAGGGAUCAAGAGGAAAGGGUCAAAUAUGAGCAGCCUGAUUGGGAGGAACAAUCUCUCCUGGUGUCUUUUGUACAGCAACAGCAAAUUUUCUGCCCUCCACAAUAAACAAGAGGUCACUGUCCAGUCAGGAAGGCAGCAACGGAUUGGAAUCUACCUCGACUAUUCUGAAGGGACGCUGGAAUUCUAUGGUGUUGGGAACACGAUGAGUCUCAUCCAUAGAUUCAAGGCAGUGUUUACAGAGCCUGUCUAUCCUGCUUUUUUUGUUUUUUUGGGAACAUCCCUCAGUCUCUGCCAGUUGAGUUAGGGGAAAUUUCUUUCAGGGGAUGAAAGACUGCAUGUUAUUUCAGGAUAGAUCUUUUGAGAGAAAGGAAACUAAUGACUGGUGAUACCAUACCUGGGGAAUGUCACCCCAGAGAGUAGGGAGAACGUGGAUUAGCAAUGUAAGUGCAAUGGAAGUUGGGAAGUUAGAUAAGAAUGAGGGAGAAUGGAACUGCUAACAGGUUGAACUGAGGCAGAGAGGGAGAAAACUCUGGAGAGUCGAACAGUGAGCAGUUGGGCUGAGUUCUUUGUUUCCUUCCAAGGAAACAUUUCCAACCUGAACAUGUAUUACCUUUCUUUCAAUGAUCCUGGAUCAAAGCCAACUAACAAACAUCAUGGAUGUGUGUGUGUGUGUGUGGGGGGGGGGGCGUAGUCAGGAUGUAAUAAUGCACACCUUUCCCAUCUUGCUCCAGUAAUGAAGCAUUGAAGGGGGCAGUGGGCCCAGAAGGGGUGGUUAGAAAUGACAGGGUUGAAAAAUGGAGUAUAGAGGAUUUGAGAACAGUCAUGGAUAAUUUCAAUUUUUGCUUGCUAACAAAUCAGAGGGUAAAAAUAUUAAGUUUUGGGGAACAAUUUCUUGUGUGCUUUGUAGUGUAAGUUCUUGAUCUCACCCUGUCCAUCCCUGGUCUAAAAACAUCCAGAGGUUAAAACCCAGCAGAACAAGUCAUCCAGAUCACUUCGACUGUUCCAUUCAGCACCUUCCACACUGCUAUCAGUGAACCAUACCGAAACAUGAUGGGAAGACCAACAUUCUGCCUUUGAUACGUUGUGUGCCCUGCAUAUUUUUGGUGUCCUGCUAUUAGAUCAAUGCCUCAGAAUUUCUCCCCUUUAUGUAUACAGUUACAAUCUCCUGUCCCUCUCCUAUGGUACAGCCUUCUCCCUCAAACGUAUUGAUGAAGAUAGAGCAGUAGAUGUAGUGUAUAUGGAUUUCAGCAAGGCAUUUGAUAAGAUCCCCUAUGAAAGGCUUAUUGAGAAAGUAAGGAUGCAUGGGAUCCAAGGGGAUAAUGCUUUGUGGAUCCAGAAUUGGUUUGCCCACAGAAGGCGAAGAGUGGUUAUAGACAGGUCAUAUUCUGCAUGGAGGUCAGUGACACAUGGCGUGUCUCAAGGAAUCUGUUCUGGAACCCUUACUCUUCGUGAUUUUUAUAAAUGACCAGGUUGAGGAAAUGGAAGGAUGGGUUAGUAAAUUUGCUGAUGACACAAAGGCUGGGGGUGUUGUGGAUAGUGUGGAGGGUAGUCAGAGGUUACAGCGGGACAUCAAUAGGAUGCAAAACUGGACUGAGAAGUGGCAGAUGGAGUUCAACCCAAAUAAGUGUGAGGUGGUUCAUUUUAGUAGGUCAAAUAUGAUGGCAGAAUAUAGUAUUAAUGGUAAGACUCUUGGCAGUGUGGAGGAUCGGAGGGAUCUUGGGGUCCGAGUCCAUAGGACACUCAAAGCAGCUGCGCAGGUUGACUGUGUGGUUAAGAAGGUAUACAGUGCAUUGGCUUUCAUCAAUUGUGGGAUUGAGUUUAGGAGGUGAGGUAAUGUUGCAGAUAUAUAGGGCCCUGGUCAGACUCCACUUGGAAUACUGUGCUCAGUUCUGGUUGCCUCACUACAGGAAGGAUGUGGAAACCAUAGAAAGGGUGCAGAGGAGAUUUACAAGGAUAUUGCCUGGAUUGGGGAGCAUGCCUUAUGAAAAUAGGUUGAGUGAAUUUGGCAUUUUCUCCUUGAAGGGAUGGAGGAUGUGAGGUGACCUGAUAGAGAUAUAUAAGAUGAUGAGAGACAUUGAUCAUGUGGAUCGUCAGAGGUUUUUUUUCCCCAGGGCUGAAAUGGCUAACACGAGAGGACACAGUUUUAAGGUUUUUGGAAGUAGGUACAGAGGAGAUGUCAGUGGUAAGUUUCUUUUACGGAGAGAGUGGUGAGUGCAUGGGAUGGGCUGCCGGCAACGGCGGUGGAGGCAGAAAUGAUCGGGUCUUUAAGGAGACUCCUGGAUAGGUACAUGGAGCUUAGAAAAAUAGAGGGCUAUGGGUAACCCUAGGUAAUUUCUAAAGUAAGGACAUGUUCGGCACAGCAUUGUGGGCCAAAGGGCCUGUAUUGUGCUGUAUGCUUUCUAUGCUUCUAUAGUUUAAAUACCAUCCCCAUUGUCUCAAAAUAAACUUGGAGUUUUCACUGUUUGGAAACUACCACUUCAUCUUUAACCACUCUUUCCUUUCCAAAGUCCUUUAUCUGCAGAUUUUUCCCAGCACUCUUUUUGAAUCCCUGCUCCUGCAGCAACACUGAAGUAGCUUACAUGGUUCAGUUUUGAAUGUCCCUAGUCACAACUGGAUGAUCACCACCCUUUUCUCGUGUUCUACCUUCUCUCCCUGUUCUGGCCUUUCACCUUCUCUCAGCUCCGGUAUUCCAACAUCACUUACACUGUUCCUGCUUCCACAUCAGCUUGAAGACCACCCACCUCUUGCAAUGCCCCAGCUCCCUAAGUUGCCAGAUUGAUUGCCUACCAUCUAGCACUGGGUGAGUAGAAACUUCCAUCAAUUAAAUAUUAGGAAAAACAGCAGCUGCUGACUUUCCUACCAGCCACAAUCUUCCUUCCAUAAAACCUUAAGACAUGAGCAGAAUUAGGCCAUUCAGCCCAUCGAGUCUGCUUUGCCUUUGCAUCAUGGCUGAUCCCACAUCCCACUCAAUCCCAUACACCUGCCUUCACACCAUAUCCUUUGAUGCUCUGACCAAUCAGGAAACUAUCAACUUCCACCUUAAAUAUGCCCAAAGACUUGGCCUCCACCGCAGUCUGUAGUAGAGCAUUCCACAGAUUCACUACUCUUUAGCUAAAAAAAAAAUUCCCCUUUACCUCUGUUCUAAAAGGUCACCCCUCAAUCUUGAGACUGUGCCCUCUAGUUCUGGAUACUUCCACCAUAGGAAACAUCCUCUCCACAUCCACCCUAUCUAGUCCUUUCAACAUUCAGUAGGUUUCAGUGAGAACCCCUCGCAUACUUCUAAAUUCCAGUGAGCAUAGGCGUAAAGCUGCCAAAUGCUCCUCAUACAUUAACCCCUUCAUUCCUGGAAUCAUCCUCAUAAACCUCCUCUGGACUCUCUCCAAUGACAAUACACCCUUUCUGAGAUUUGGGCCCAAAGCCAUUGACAAAACUGAUCAGAGGCAGUGAUCAUGUGGAUAGUCAGAGGCUUUUUCCCAGGGCUGAAAUGGCUAGCACAACAGGUCACAGUUUUAAGGUCCUUGAAAUAGGUACAGAAGAGGUGUCAGGGGUAUGUUUUUUAUGCAGAGAGUGGUGAGUGCGUGGAAUGGGCUGCGGAUGAUGCUGGUGGAGGCAGAUACAAUAGGGUCUUUUUAGAAACUCCUGGACAGGUACAUGGAGCUUAAAAAAAACAGGGCUAUGGGUUACCCUAGGUAAUUUCUAAGGUAAGGACACGUUUGGCACAGCUUUGUAAGGGUCUGUAUUGUGCUGUAGGUUAGACCAGAAGACAAAGGAGCAGAAAUCGGCCAUUCGGCCAUUUUAUCAUGAGCUGAUCCAUUCUCCCAUUUAGUCCCACUCCCCUGCCUUCUCACCAUAACCUUUGAUGCCCUGGCUACUCAGAUACCUAUCAAUCUCUGCCUUAAAUACACUCAAUGAUUUGGCCUCCACUGCCGCCUGUGGCAACAAAUUCCAUAGAUUCACCACCCUCUGGCUAAAAAAAUUUCUUCGCAUCUCUGUUCUGAAUGGGUGCCCUUCAAUCCUUAAGUCAUGCCCUCUCGUACUAGACUCCCCCAUCAUGGGAAACAACUUUGCCACAUCCACUCUGUCCAUGCCUUUCAACAUUUGAAAUGUUUCUAUGAGGUCCCCCCUAUACAGUCCAACAGCAGACAAACGUUCCUCAUAUGUUAAACCUCUCAUUCCCGGAAUCAUUCUAGUGAAUCUUCUCUGUACCUCUCUAACGUCAGCACAUCCUUUCUUAAAUAAGGAGACCAAAACUGCCCACAGUACUCCAACUGAGGUCUCACCAGCGCCUUAUAGAGCCUCAACAUCACAUUCCUGCUCCUAUACUCUAUUCCUCUAGAAAUGAAUGCCAACAUUGCAUUUGCCUAAGUUUUCUAUGUUUCUAUGACAAUACUCCAAGCGUGGCCUGACUAGUGUCCUAUAAAGGCUCAGCAUUAUCUCCUUGCUUUUAUAUUCUAUUCCCCUUGAAUAAAUGCGAACAUUGCAUUUGCCGCCUUUAUCACAGACUCCGCCUAUGAAUUAACCCUCUGGAAGUCUUGCACGGGAACUCCCAAGUCCCGCUGCACCUCUGAGGUUUGAACCUUCUCCCCAUUUAGGUAAUAGUCUGCACUGUUGUUCCUUUUACCUAAUGCAUUAUUAUACAUUUCCCAACAUUGUAUUCCAUCUGCCACUUUUUUGCCCACUCUUCCAAUCUGUCAAAGUCCUGCUGCAAUUGCACUACCUACCCCUCCACUCAUCUUUGUAUCAUCUGCAGACUUUGCCACAAAGCUAUCAAUUCCAUUAUCCAAAUCAUGGACAAACAAUAUGAAAAGUAGUGGUCCCAAUACCGACCCCUGAAGAACACCACUAGCCACUGGCAGUCAACCAGAAAAGGCCUCCUUUAUUCCCACUCACUGUUUCCCGCCUGUCAGCCAUUCCUCUAUCUAUGCCAGUAUCUUUCCUGUAAUGCCAUAGGGUUUUAUCUCGUUAAACACCUUCAUGUGUGGCACCUUAUCAAAUGCCUUCUGAAAAUCCAAGUAAAUGAGAGCCAGUGACUCUCCUUUGUCCACCCUGCUUGUUACUUCCUCAAGAACUCUAACAAAUUUGACAGGCAAGAUUUCCUUUCACAGAAACCAUGCUGACUUUGAUUUAUCUUAUCAUUAGUCUCCAAGUAUCCCAAAACCUCAUCCUUAAUAACGGACUCCAACACAUUCUCAACCACUGAGGUUAGGCUAACUGGCCUAUAAUUUCCUUUCUUUUGCCUUCCUCCAUUCUUAAAGAAGUGUAGUGACAUUUGCAAUCUUCUAGUCCUCCGGUACCAUGUCAGAAUCAAGUGAUUCUUGAAAGAUCAUGACCAAUGCAUCCAUUAUCUUUCAGCAACCUCUCUCUGGACUCUGGGAUGUAGUCUAUUUGGUCUAGAUAAUUUAUCACCUUAAGACCUUUGAGUUUGCCUAACACUUUUUCCUUUGUAAGAGCAAUGGUACUACUGCUGUGUCUUCCACAGUGAAGACAGAUGCAAAGUACUCAUUAAGUUCAUUUGCCAUCUCUUUGGCCCCCCAUUACUAACUCACUGGCAUCAUUUUCCAGUGGUCCAAAGUCAACUGUCACCUCCCUUUUAUCCUUUAUAUAACUGAAAUAAUUCCUUAUUUCCCUUUUCUUCCUGAGGCUGAGCCAGUCUGCUUUGUCCCAGUGAGUUGCAGAUCACCCAUCUAAAGCAAUAGUAACUACAUAAUCCCACCUAUUCAACACCCAUUGAUAUUUCUGCUCAACUCAAACACAACUCUUUGAUCGUCUCCAUCAGCUUCCAUACAAAUCUAAGCUGUCAUACAAAUGCCUGCUGACUACCCUAAUUCCCACAAGACCAGGACAUUCUGCGUGCCAUAGAUCACCAGGAACUGCUGGAUUGAUUGCGCAUAGCGGGAGUGAAAUUUGAAAAGGAGCAAGUGGAAGCAGUCAGGACAUUCUGUGCACUGCAUAUCAUGGGAUAAUUAGGCACUUGUCAAGGGCCAAUAAAAAGAAGUUAGAUUUAAACAGAGCAGCAUUAUGUGAGUGGGACAGGGCUGAGUCUUUGGCUGAUGGAGGUUUCAGCAAGGAGAGGUAGAGGCUGUAUGUAGAUUUUCUUUCUUAUUGGACGGUUAGAGCAGUGGAAAUGCCAGAGAGGAUAGUGGAAUGCUCCUCUUGAGGGAUGUGGAAAGGCAAGACCACCAGUGUCACUGACGGCUAUACCUGCAAGAUGUGUGGCCAGCUGACUGUUACGGAAUUGAAGAUGGAGCUGGAUCAACUCUGGAUCAUUUGGUAGGCUGAAGGGUAGACAGGUGAUACAGGGGAGGUAGUUACACUUAAGAUGCAGAACACAGGUAACUGAGCAACCAUCAGGAAGGGGAAAGAGGAUAGGCAGUGAGUGAAGGGUACUCAGGUGGCCGUUCCUUUCAAUAACAGCUUUUGGAUACUGUUGUGGGGUGGGGAGGGGGGAGUACCUAGCAGAGGAAAGCCACAGCAGUCAGGUCUGUAGCACUGAGUCUGGCUCUGUGGCUCAGAAGAGAGAGAAGAGGCAAGCUGUAGAGAUGGGGGAUUUAGUAGUUAGGAAAAUUGAUAUGAGGUUCUGUGGAUGAGAACAAGAUUCCCGAUGGCACUUUUGCCUCCUGGGUGCCAGGGUCAGGGACAUCUUGGAUCGACUCCACAGUAUUCUUAAGUGGGAGGGUGAGGAGUCAGAGAUUGUGUGGAGAAGGGUAACAAGGUUCUGCAAAGUGAGUUCAUGGAUUUAGGUGCUAAGUUAAAAUACAGGACCUCCAGAGUUGUGACCUCAGAAUUGCUACCGAUGUCAUGUGCUAGUGAGGCCAGAAACAGGAAGAUCAUACAGUUUAGCACGUGGCAAAGUGCAGAAGGGAGGCUUCAGAUUUUGGAUCAUUUGGCUCUCUUCUGGAAAAGGUGAGAGCUGUAUAGAUGGGAUGGUUUGCAUCUGAACUGGAGGGAACUUGUAUCCUUGUGUGUAGGUUUGCUAGUGCUGCACUGGGGGAGGGGGGUUAAACUAGAGUUGCAGGGGCUAGAGCAGAUAGUGGAGUAGUUGUGGUAAAAGAUUUUGGUAACCUUACAUACAAAGGCAGGAAUCGAAAGGUUGAGCAUGGUGGGUCAAAUGUUCUGAGCUGUGUGUAUUUCAAUGCAAGGAGUAUUGUAGGAACAGCAGAUGAGCCUUAGGGGCGUAGAUCAGCAUGUGGAAUUAUGAGUUUGUAGCCAUUAGUGAGACUUGGUUGCAGGAGGGGUAGGACUGGCAGCACAAUGCUUUGGGCUUCUGUAGUUUUAGACGUAAUGGAGCUGGAAGGAUUAAAGAGGGAGGGGUGGCAUUACUAGUCAGAGAAAAUGUCACUGCGGUGCUCAGACAGGACAGACUGGAAGGCUCAUCUACUGAGGCUCUACCAAUGGAACUGAGGAAUAAGAAACCACAGAAUAAAGAUGACCACAUUAUUGGGAUGAUAUGAUCGGCCACACAAUAGCCAGAAAGAUUUAGGGCAGCAAAUUUGUAGAGGGAUCGCAGGAAGCUGCGAGAAACAUAAUAUUGUGAUAGUAUGUGACUGGGACUCCCAUACUGAAAAAGGGCUGAAUGGAUUAAGUUUGUCAAAUGUGUUCAGGAAUGUUUCCUUAACGAAUGAAUAAAAAUCCCAACUAGAGAGAUGGCGAUACUGAAUCUACUGCUAGGGAACAUGCAGGACAGAUGACUGAAUUGUGAGUAGGGGAACACUUUGGAUCUAUUGAUCAUAAUGCCAUAAUGAUCAAUGCCAGUCAAGAUAAUUCUGGAAAACGAUAGGCCUGGUCCUCAGAUUGAGAUUCCUAAUUGGAGAAAGGCCAAUUUUGAUGGUAUCAGAAAGGAGCUGGCAAGUUUGGUUGUUUUCUGGCAAAAGUGUGCUUGGUAAAUGGAAAGCCUUCAAAAGUGAAAUUUUGGAAAUACAUAGUAUUAUUCCUGUUGGAUUAAAAGGCAAGGCUAACAGGUUUAGGGAACCAUGGUUUUCGUGAGAUGUUGAGACCCUGUUUAAGAAGGAGGUGCAUAGCAGGUAUAGGCAUAUAGAAACAAAUCAGGUACUUGAGGGGUAUAAGGAAUGGAAGAAAACACUUAAGAAGGAAAUCAGGAGGGCUAGUUUCUAAUUGGGGAGGACAUUCAAAAGUCAGAGGUGCAAAGGGUCUUGGGAGUCCCUGAGCAGUAUUCCCUAAAGGUUAACUUGCAGGUCAAGUCAGUGGUAAAGAAGGCAAAUGCAAUGUUAGCAUUUAUUUUGAGAGGACUAGAAUAUAAGAACAAGGAAUGUCAUGCUGAGGCUUUAUAGGGCAUUGAUCAGACCGCACUUGGAGUAUUGUGAGCAGUUUUGGACCUCUUAUCUAAGAAACAAUGUGCUGGCAUUGGAGAUGGUCCAGAGGAGGUUUACAAGAAUGAUUCUGGGCAUUAAAGUACUAAUGUAUGAGGAGUGUUUGAUGGCUUUGAGCCAGUACUCACUGGAAUUUAGAAGAAUGGGGGGGGGGUGGAAUCUCAUUGAAACAUACUUAAUAUUGAAAGGCGGAGAUACAGUAGAUGUGGAGGGGAUUUUUUCUAAAGUGGGUGAGUCUAGGACCAGUGCGCACAGCCUAAGAAUAGAGGGGCAUCCACAGAGAUGAGGUGUGUGGAGGCCAGGCCAUUGAGUAUUUUUAAAGCGGAGGUUGUUAGGUUCAUGAUUAGUCAAGGCAUCAAAAGUUGCAGGGAGAAUGUAGGAGAAUGGGGUUGAGAGGGAUAAUAAAUCAGCCUUGAUGGAAUAGCAGAGCAGACUCAGUGAGUUGAGUGGCCUAAUUCUUAUGUCUUGUGGCCUUUAUUUCAAACACUAAAUAUUUUUUGCCGUGUUACAUUCAACUAGGUUGACUUAAAUAUACUUUGAUCUAAACUUGUACAGAAAUAAAGUGUGCUUUUGAAAUGACAUUAGCAGCAUGAAUAAUAAAGUAAUUGAGAU